GCAGGUGAAAGCAGCCAGACAACAACAAGCAGCGCACGAGCCUCAGACAGCGAGCAGGCCUCUGAAACAGAUAAAGACUGACUGAAGCCAUGCCGGUUGCCUCCACCAGGACAGAGCCUGGCCCUCAGGUGUUGGAUGCGAUGAGUGACACCACCACCAGCUCCACCACGGCCAACGACCUGGACCUGAUCUACCUCAAAGGCAUCAUGGAGAGCCCCCUGGAGCAGGAGGAGAGUCUGAAGGAGGCUCGACCGUCCCCAGUGAGAGAGAACAACAUGGAGCUGCUGCAGGAAAUCCUCAGUGAGCUGGACCCGUUCAAACAGCACAGCAACACAGCAGCCGAGCUCACACACAUCCUCACACAGCCUCACUUCCAGUCUCUGCUGGAGACUCACGACUCGGUGGCAGCUCAGGCCUGCGACAGCCCCCCUCCCAGCCCAUGUGACUUUGUGGACCAUGACGAGGAGGAGGAAGAUGAGGAGGAGGAUGAUGAUGAGGAAGGCCCAACAAACAACCUGCACCCCCCAGCGGACGCCAUCCGCAUGGUGGGGAUCCGCAAAGUGGCCGGAGAACACCUGGGGGUGACGUUUAAAGUGGAGGGGGGGGAGCUGACUAUAGCUCGUAUCCUUCAUGGAGGCAUGAUCGACCAGCAAGGACUGCUGCACGUCGGGGAUGUCAUCAAGGAGGUGAAUGGGCGGGAGGUGGGUCAGGAUGCCAGAGUUCUGCAGGAAGAGCUGCAGGCCACCAGUGGAUCUGUGGUACUGAAGAUCCUGCCCAGUUACCAUGAAGCCAUCCCACCCAGGAAGCAGGUGUUCUUCAAGUGUCACUACGACUACGACCCCGCCCACGACAACCUGAUCCCCUGUAAGGAGGCCGGCCUGAGGUUCGAGACCGGAGACAUCCUGCAGAUCGUCAAUCAGGACGACGUCAACUGGUGGCAGGCGCUGCAUGUGGAGGGCGGCAGUGCCGGGCUGAUCCCGAGUCAGAUGCUAGAGGAGAAGAGGAAGGCGUUUGUGAAGAGGGACGUGGAGCUGCCUCCUGCAGGAAAUCUGUGUACUGGUGUUGGAGGGAAGAAGAAGAAAAAGAUGAUGUACGUGACGACCAAGAACGCAGAGUUUGACAGACAUGAGAUCUUGCUGUACGAGGAGGUGACCAAGGUCCCGCCCUUCAAGAGGAAGACUCUGGUUCUGAUUGGAGCGCAGGGCGUGGGGAGGAGGAGGCUGAAGAACAAGCUGCUGCUGAGGGACCCCCUGCUGUUCGGCACCACCAUCCCCUACACCUCCAGGAAACCGAAGAAGGAGGACAGAGAGAGCCGGAUGUUCGGCUUCACCAGCCGGAGCAAGAUGGAGGCGGACAUCAAGAGUGGCCGCUUCCUGGAGCACGGCGAGUACGACGGGAAUCUGUACGGCAUCAAGAUCGAGUCCAUCCACGAGGUGGUGGAGGCCGGGCGCGUCUGCAUCCUGGACGCCAACCCACAGUCCCUCAAAGUGCUCCGGACCUCAGACUUCCUUCCGUACGUGGUCUUCCUUCAGGCUCCAGAGUUUGAGGUCCUGAAGGCCAUGAACCGCUCGGCUGUGGAGGCCGAGGUGUCGACCAAGACGCUCACGGACGAGGAGCUGCAGAGGACGUGUGAUGAGAGCUCCAAGAUCCAGGCGGACUUCGGUCACUACUUCGACCUGAGCGUUGUCAACGACAACCUGGACGAGACUUACUGCAGUGUGAAGGCGGCGCUGCAGACCGUCUCCAAGAACCCGCAGUGGGUCCCCGUCACAUGGCUCUUCUAAACACUGCUGCAGCAGGUACGGAGGCCCACAGGUGCAAACGUGCUGCAGCUUCAGAGAGGAUGCAGAUAUAGAAACACAAAUCAGAACUCAGACCAGGGGACAUUAAAGAGAGACACACACAGCUGGAGACCAGGGGACACUAAAGAGAGACGCACACAGCUGGAGACCAGGGGACACUAAAGAGAGACGCACACAGCUGGAGACCAGGGGACACUAAAGAGAUACGCACACAGCUGGAGACCAGGGGACACUAAAGAGAGACGCACACAGCUGGAGACAAGGGGACACUAAAGAGAGACGCACACAGCUGGGACCGGAGCGCUGGGAGACGCUCAGGAUCGUAAAGCUCUCUCUGAUGCUGGAAACUCACCUGAAAUGUUUUCUGGUCUUCUCUUAAGGUAACACGUUUGCACCUGUCGGCCGGCGUAAGGUGACAUGUAAAAGGUUGUCGUUUUCUGUUAUUGUCAAAAUUGCAAACAUAAGAGCCUUUAUUCAAUAGACACACACACACACACACACACACACACAGUGUUCAGAUUUUCCGCUCACACCAUCUUUCACAUUUGCACUUUUUUAUUUUGUAGUAUUGAUAUUUCAGAAUAAAACGCUCUCUUUGUAUUUCUGAACUUUGUAGAGACACACGACCGUUCAGUGUCAGUGUGACAUCAUCUGCUCUGUGCCAAACGCAGAUCUCUUAUUGUGGCAGCUACUGAACAUUUAGACACUCUACAGAGAGCUGCAGGAUGCCCUGUUCCUGGGUUGGUCCCUGAAGGCAGCUCUCUGCUCCAAUGGGAUUCCUCCGUAUGAUUUUGGAUUUUUGCAGGAACUAGACGUCUCAUUUAGACUCUUGUUAGCAACCGCCAACAACCAAAAACACAUCCAGAGAACCAUUGACCUCCAGAAAGGGGGAUGGGGUCAGGGGGUGCUGAUUCAGGUUUCAGGACUCAUUCCUGCACCUCUUUGUUCUCUGUUUAGUGACACAUGAAGUGUCUUUGUGGACUUCCAGAGUAACAGCGAGCCUCUCCGCGGGGUGGGAGGAGCGGUCUGAAGGUGGAGUUUUUAGCAGAUUCUGUCGGCAGCUAUAUUUAAAUAUCCGAUCUUUCUCUCGAGGACAUUCCCAAACCUUUGUGUCCUUUUUCUAUGAGCUCUCAACAAUGCAAUAACCCGUGUUUAGACUCUGAAGUCAAAAUCUGUUUACAAAAUGAGAUGUGAGGUUCUCGAAUAUGAUCUACAUAUCUCUGUUGACUUUAAUAAGACACUCCUGAGGUUUAAUAUUUUACAUUCUUAAACUCGUGGGACUCACAAAACACAGAAGCAUUUCCUGAGUUUUAUAAGGGUUGGAGUUCCAAAAAACACCAGAAUACUACAUUUCCCAUAAUGCAACUCUGCAGCAUCGUCACUUGUCUUUCAGAGCGCUGGUGGUUGUGAUGCUUCGGUCUGAAUAAACUAUUGAUUCUG